AUGUGUCAAUUAGACCAGUCCCCGACUGAAACUCCCUUCCAGUUUCAAACCAGGACUUUCUGCACAUUUAACAACAACAAGCCCUGGUUUACACCUCAGCUUAGGGAGCUGCGUCAGGCCAAGGAAGACACCUACAGGAGUGAUGACUGGGUCCUGUUCGAGAAGGGCAGAGAGCAAACUGGCAAAGGAGAUCAGGAUGUGCUGAGUGUAAACAUCCCCCUAGAGGAUCCGCAGCAACCUCCACUUGGAGGAUCACUGGUACUUCCAUGCUACUUUGAGGACCACACAGUUCCAGACAUAGGUGCUCCCACCAUCACUCCCCUUGCUCAUCGCAUCAAAUGGAGCCUCAUCACCAAAGACAAGGUCUCCACCAUUUUAGUUGCCCUAGAGGGAGCUGUACGGGUCAGCGAGAGCUACUUGGGCAGGGUUCAACUGGUGGGUUACCCUUUGACCCCGACAGAUGCUAGUAUCAAAAUAUCCGGGCUAAGGUCAAACGACUCAGGAUUCUUCCGCUGUGAGGUUCAGCACGAUAUUGACGACAGCCAUGAUGAGGUCCAUGUUAAGGUACAAGGUGUGGUUUUUCACUACCGAUCCAUGAUGGGUCGCUACACAUUGACGUUUGAGAAGGCGAGAGAUGCGUGCACAGAGAACAGUGCAUUCAUGGCUUCACCUGAACAAUUACAAGCAGCUUUUUAUGAUGGAUUCCACCAGUGUGAUGCUGGCUGGCUUUCUGAUCAGACAGUGAGGUACCCAAUUCACGACCCUCGUGUCAAUUGCUACGGCGAUAAACAGAGUCUGCCCGGGGUCAGGACAUAUGGAGUGAGACAGCUCAAUGAGACCUAUGACGUUUACUGCUUCAUUGAGAAAAUGACAGGCAGAGUAUUCCACGCCACGUUAGCAGAAAAGUUCACUUUCUCUGAGGCUGUGCUGGCAUGCUCUCAAAAGGGAGCCGAGCUGGCCACCACCGGUCAGCUGUACUUGGCCUGGCAGAGUGGGAUGGAUGUCUGUAACGCUGGCUGGCUGGCUGACAGAAGUGUCCGCUACCCCAUCAGCAUCCGGCGGUCUCAGUGUGGAGGGGGUCUUCUGGGAGUGCGAACAGUGUACAUCCACACAAAUCGUACAGGAUAUCCACCUCCUGAGUCUUACUAUGAUGUCUUCUGCUACACAGAGUUCCCAGAUGAUGAAGGUUCAGGAAUAGUAGACGAAGGCAACGGCGUGUUGAGCGUUGCCCCAGUGACGCAGAGCCAAGAGGUUUUCUUCGCAAAGACCUCAAGAGAGAGUGAGGUUGUUGGAGAGGUGGAGACCCAGCAACCCACAGAAGUAGACCUCACCUACACACUGAGUCCUAUAGAGCUAACACCACCUAAAGUCACUGACCUACCUACCGAUCUAAUAGAGCAAGUCGCCCACCAAUCCAACCUAGGCCAAGAGUCCAGCAAAGUGGUUGUGACACCUCAAUUUGGUGUGGUCUUUCAUUACCAUUCAUUGUCUGGCCGCUAUGCCUUCACCUUUGUUGAUGCCCAGUUGGCCUGUCAGAGUGUUAGUGCCUCCAUUGCUACACCUGAGCAGUUGCAGGCUGCAUAUGAAGCUGGAUAUCACCAGUGUGAAGCCGGAUGGUUAAUGGACCAGACAGUCAGGUUUUCCAUUGUUUCACCACAAGAAAAGUGUGCAGGAGAUUUGGGAGAUCAACCAGGAGUUUGGUCUUAUGGUCUGAGGCCAGCAGAUGAACUGUACGAUGUGUAUUGCUACAUAGAUAAGCUCAAAGGUCAGGUUUUCCAUUUAGAGUCUGCUGAUGGUUUUACUUAUGAUGAGGCUGCAACUCAGUGUCUUGAGCACAAUGCUAGCCUGGCCUCAGCAGGAGAGCUCUAUGCAGCCUGGAAACAGGGUUUUGACAAGUGCGAUGCAGGCUGGCUCAGUGAUCGUAGUGUCCGUUACGCCGUCAAUAACCCGUCUCCUGAGUGUGGGGCAGGCAAGUCAGGAGUUCACACUGUCUAUGCCCAUCCCAACAGGACAGGCUACCAUGAUAUUAACAGCAGAUUUGAUGCAUAUUGUUUCAAAGUAGACAUUCAACUAAUUGCAAAUGAAACUGGACUGAACAUCACAGACAUCCAGAAGGCCAUUCUCAACUUAACGUCCAUCACAGAUUUUGUGAGACAUGUUAUCCCACCUAUCCUUGUGGAAUCUUCAAGCUCUGGUUCAGGUUCAGCAAACUUUGGAUCAGGUUCUUUGGUUGAGAAUACCUCUGGAGACUUCUCUGGCUCUGGGUUUGGAUACAGAAACAAUGAUAUCUCUGAAGACCUCUCAGGAUCUGGAGCCCAUUUGACCUCAGGACAGCUGUCUGGAUCGGGUUCUAGACACCACAUUUUCUCCAAAGAACUAAAUGGGCCUGGAAGCGUGCCUGGUUCUGGAGAACAACUGACCUCUGGAGAGCUGUCUGAAUUGGGUUCCGGAGAGCAGAUUAUCUCCAAAGAACUGUCCAGCUCUGGAAACCUGCCUGGUUCUGGAAAUCAACUAACCUCUGGAGAGCUACCUAGAUUGGGUUCUGGAGAAACGAUUUCCUCCAAAGACCGGUCUGGCUCUGGAAGCCUGGCAGGUCCUGGAAACCAACUGGCUUCAGGAGCCUGGGGGAUCUCUGGGGACCUGUCAGGUUCUGGUGACCAGGUUAUCUCUAAAGACUUGUCUGGCUCUGGAAGCCUGUCUGGCUCUGGGGACCAGUUUAUCUCCGGAGACUUGUCUAGCACUAGAGACCAGUUUGGCUUUGGAGAUAGUGCAAGUGCUGUCCUUCCCUAUGGCACACUAGAUGUUAAUGAUGCUGUUUUUUCUGGAUCAAGGAUCAGUGGAGAACAAACCAUUUCUGAUGUCUCUGUUUCCAACAGUGACACAAUUCUACCCGGAGAAAACUCAGUUUCAGAAGAUUUUCAAAAACCAGAAGAGGCAGGCACAGAAAUGUUUAUGUUGCCUUCCUUUGAAAUAGUUUCAGGCGCGCUGAGUGGUGUUGGUGACCUGUCUGGAACUGGGAGUGGACAUGGUUUCAGUUCUGCAGAGAGUGGUUCAACAAUGGAAUUUUCAGGGGAGAAUGGCCAGUCCUCUGGAAUGGAAUCUGGUCUUAUUAGCAGUCUUGACUCAUCUGAUUUCAGUGGUUUCUCUGGAUUUUCGUCUUCAGGAAGUGCUAGUGCAGGAGUUGUUCAUGAAGCCGGAGUUGCUCAGAUCUUGUUCAUGGAUAACAAAUUGAUUGAUGCAUCUACCCCUAUUACUCAAAAAGACCAUGAAUUGGGAGGGGGACUGCUGGUGGUCAGUGGUUCCGAGGACAGUUCUAGAAUGCUUAGUAAUUAUCUAAAUCCAGCUGCUGGAAGUGGUUCUAGAGUCUUCUUGGAUGUGACUUUUAAUGGGUCGGAGCCCAUUGACCUAACUCAGUCACCAUCUGGGAAUCAGGAGGCUUCUGGGUUUUUACUCUACAACCCUGGAGAGGGCAGUAUAAGGCAUAUGUCAGGAGUUAGCGUCUUAGAUCUCAUUUCUGGGUCUGAAGUGUCUGGGGAAGGAGGCAGUGUUACAUUUUUAAAUGAGGAUGUUAUAACAGGGGUAUCUAGAAAUGUUUUGAUGUCUCCAGAGAGUAAACAAGGGGCAGUAGAGUACAGUGGGACAGAGAUCCACAGCAGUGGCAGUAGCUUACUCACUAAGAGUGGCGAUACCACCUUGUCAGGUACUGAAGAGUCAUCACAGGUGCCAAAAACACCGUCCACAGAGUAUGGAUUAAUCAAGACUGUCACACCCACGCACUAUCGGGCUCUACCUUCUAAAAUUGAUCUUGCCUUCCCGUCUGAUCCCCCCACUGUAGUAACACCUGUUAAGGGUCAGGAGGAUGCAGAGAACAUAGUAGGUGACCCAAAUCCGUGUAAACGAAACCCCUGUGGUGCUUCCUUGUGCACAGCUGAAAAUGGGUUUGCUGUUUGCCAAGAGUUAGAUGUCUGCCACUCCAAUCCUUGUGCCAAUGGAGCCACCUGUGUGGAGAGUGCUGACUCUUACAAAUGCUUAUGCCUGCCGAGCUACGGAGGGGAGCACUGUGAAAUUGAUGAGCAGCUGUGUGGUGAAGAUUGGAUUAAGUUUCAGGGUAAUUGCUACCUGCACUCCACUGAUAGGAAGACAUGGUUGGAUGCGGAGCAACACUGCCGGGACCUGAAUGCACAUCUGGUCAGCAUCAUAACACCAGAGGAGCAACACUUUGUCAACUCAAAUGCACAGGACUACCAAUGGAUCGGGCUAAAUGACAAAACAGUGGAAAAUGACUUCCGCUGGACUGAUGGUACUCCGCUGCAAUAUGAGAACUGGAAGCCAAACCAGCCAGAUAAUUACGUUCACUCUGGAGAAGACUGUGCGGUGAUGACCUGGCAUGCCACAGGCCAGUGGAAUGAUGUACCUUGCAACUACCAUCUACCAUUCACCUGCAAGAAAGGCCCUGCCUCAUGUGGUGCCCCACCGGAAGUGAAAAAUGCCCUUAUGUUUGGGAACAGAAGGGAGGAAUAUCCUGUCAACUCAAUCAUCCGUUAUCAGUGCAACCCAGGAUUUAGACAGCGCUAUCCACCAGUGGUUCGUUGUAAGGCAGAUGGACAUUGGGAGGAACCCCAGGUGAAAUGUAGUCAGGGUCACGGGGGCAGCAGCCUAAGCAGGGAAGCCCAGACUUCCCUCUCCCCAGCCACUUCGUCCAGCUCUUCCCGGGGGAUCCCGAGGCGUUCCAAGGCCAUCAGGGAGACAUAGUCUUCCCAACGUGUCCUGGGUCUUCCCCGUGGCCUCCUACCGGUCGGACGUGCCCUAAACACCUCCCUAGGGAGGCGUUCGGGCAUCUGGUCAGAUAUAAACCAGUUGCUGAAAUAUGAGGGGUGCACUCACUUUUUAUUACUGUAUU